GUUCUGGUGAGGCCAGCCUUUGAGUUCCUGCCAACAUUUGCUUUGGUUUGAGACUAUGAGUGUGACUUGCUCGGUCAGUUUGAAUCGGACUUGGGGAAGAUGAUCUGCUUUACAGUGCCAUGUCAAAGGGUCGGUCCAUUGUCGAGGGGAGCUCUGACAGCUGCAUUCUCUGCAUAAGUGGAAUGGGCGACAUCAUUCUCAAUUGUCAAGCUGAACACUGACAAGAGGACAAGGGGAGCACAAGUUCAAGUGGGUGGAGGCCAAAUUUAAUGGCAGGUGUCAGGAAGUCCUUCACACAAAGGAAUACGAACUCAUGGAAUAAACUUCAAGGCAUACCAGCGAAUGAACACUUGAGACAACUGGAGCAAAUUCUCCCCGGCCUUGAAAUUAACGCCAUCGCUUUGAACUAGAACCGAGAAUGUGGUUCCUGUUGAGUCAUUUUUUUGCAUUGUCAUUCAUUUGCUGCUUGGCAGAAGACAGUAGGCAACAUGGACCAGUGUUUGAAGAGCAACCACUACCUACAAUCUACCCAAAAGAGUCCGAGGAGGCAAAAGUGUCUCUAAACUGCCGGGUUCGGGCAAAUCCCCCCCCAACUUACAGCUGGAAAAUAAAUAACCGAGACAUUAAUGUGGAUGAUACUCGUUACAAUAUGAUUGGUGGUAACCUCGUUAUUAACAACCCAGAAGAAGUCAAGGACCGUGGCAAGUACCAGUGUCUCGCAACAAACAAGUAUGGAACCAUUAUCAGCAAAGAAGCCAACCUGCAAUUUGGAUACCUGGAGCGAUUUCCAACAGAGGAGCGCCAAGCUGUGGAAGUGAAUUUAGGAGUCGGGGUCAUGCUCCUUUGUGCUGCCCCUCCCCAUUUUCCAGAUGACCUCACCUAUCGGUGGCUUCUGAAUGAAUUCCCCAGAUUCAUCAUGUCUGGCAGACGCCGUUUUGUCUCCCAGACCACCGGGAAUCUGUACAUCGCGAAGGUGGAAGAGAGUGACAUGGGCAAUUACUCCUGCAUUGUCACCAGCCCGUCCAUUUCCAAAAGUGUUUUCAGCAAGUACAUCCCCCUCAUCCCUCAGACAGCCGGUGUGGUGAAAAGAUAUCCUGCUGACAUCAAAGUCAGGUUCACCGACACCCAAGUCCUGAUGGGUCAGAACCUCACCCUGGAAUGCUUCGCACUUGGAAACCCAAUUCCUCAGAUCCGUUGGUGGAAGCAGGAGGGAAGUCUGCCGAGCAGUGCUGAGCUGCUCACCUAUAACUCGGUGCUAAGACUAACCAACAUCCAGCCUGAGGAUGAAGGCACUUACGUGUGUGAAGCAGAGAACUCUAAAGCAACAGAUCGGGUUGAGGCAUGGCUCACUGUACACGCUCAUCCGUACUGGAUUAGGUCGAUCAACGAUACCAUGCAAGAUAUCGGGAGUGACUUCAUCUGGCAUUGUGAAGCAGGAGGCAAACCGCAGCCCACUUACAAAUGGCUCCGUAAUGGAGAGGUCAUCCAUGGGGCCCGGUUUCGAGUGAAUCGAGGGGACCUGCGGAUUUCCCGACUGACUUUGCAAGAUUCCGGAAUGUACCAAUGUGUGACCGAGAACAAGUAUGGAUCCCUGUACUCCAACGCGGAGCUGAAGGUUCUGGCUUCAGGCCCGGACUUCAGGUUGAACCCAGUGAAGAAGAAACUGCUGGGGGCCAGGGGAGGCAAGGUGUUGAUGGAUUGCAAACCCAAGGCCGCUCCCAAGCCAACCUUCAUAUGGAGUAAAGGCACCGAGCUCAUCAAGAAUAAUUCCAGGAUGUCCAUUUGGUUCAAUGGCACUUUGGAGAUUCGGGACCUGUCUAAGGCCGAUGAGGGAGUCUAUACCUGUUUUGCAGAGAACAACAGGGGAAAGGCUAACAGCAGUGGCACUUUAACAGUGACCGAACCCACCAGAAUCACUCUUGAGCCAUCGAACAUUGAUAUUACCGUAGGGGAAAAUGGCACGAUGGAGUGCCAUGCAUCUCAUGACCCCAUCCUGGACCUGUCAUUAGUCUGGUCAACAAAUGGUUAUACCAUUGACUUUGAGAAAGAGAAAGACUACAUGGAACGCAGGAUAGAGAAUAGACACAGUGGAGAAUUGUUCUUUAAAAACGCGCAGCUAAGGCACACUGGGAAAUACACCUGUACUGCUAAGACCACCGUCGACAGUGCGUCCGCAUCCGCAGACCUGAUUGUCAGAGGUCCCCCGGGACCCCCUGGAGGGGUGCGAGUUGAGAAUAUUGGAGACACCUUUGUGACCUUGACCUGGAGUAGAGGGACUGACAACCACAGCCCUAUCUCCAAGUACACCAUCCGGCAGAAAUUCUUCGAUUCUGAUGAAUGGAAAGAUGCCAAAACAGAUCCUCAGGAUAUAGAAGGCAACAUGGAAACAGCAAAGGUGAUCGAUUUGAUCCCAUGGAUGGAUUAUGAAUUCAGCGUUGUAGCAACCAAUACCCUAGGCUUGGGAGAACCCAGUUUGCCAUCCGCUAAAAUCCGGACAGCUGAAGCAGCUCCCACCGUGGCUCCAUCUGAUGUUGGAGGAGGUGGCGGGAACCACCGGGAACUGACAGUGACGUGGACGCCUCUACCAAGGGAGUACCAUUACGGAAGCAGCUUUGGUUACAUCGUUGCCUUCAAGCCAAGUACAUCGAAGGAAUGGAGGAAAGUCACAGUCCCCAACCCUGAAGGCAGCAGAUAUGUUCACAAAGAUGACUCUCUAUCUCCACGCACUCCAUUUGAAGUCAAGGUCAAAGCUUUUAACAGCAAAGGAAAUGGGCCGUUUAGCCUGUCUGCUUUGAUAUAUUCAGCAGAGGACGAGCCUAGUGAAGCUCCUUCACAAGUGACUGCCAGGAGUCUCUCAUCUUCCGAAAUCGAAGUGAUAUGGUCACCAGUAUCCGAACCAUCAGUUGAAGGCUACGAGAUCAGGUACCGAAGGGACAUUGACACCGAGGCUGCUGCUCAGAGAGUAAGAACAAUUGGAACUAACACCACAGCCAGAGUCCGAGAUCUUAAACCCCACACACGUUACUAUGUAGAGGUCAGGGCCUACAACAAAGCAGGAGUUGGACCUUCGAGUCAACAAAUUGCCAUCACGACAAGGAAAGCACCUCCCAGUAAGCCUCCAAAAAUAAUCGACACCACGAUGGUUGGUACCUAUUUCAGGAUUUCCUGGGAAGCAGUCACACCUUUGGACAAUGAGUCGAAUGUGGAGGGCUACAAGGUGCUUUACAGAAGAGCUGGCACAGUGAACAGUACGCUGUUACAGACAGUCCGACAAAACAUAAAUAUACCAAUUCACGACGAGGGAGACUACAUUGUGGAAAUACGGGCGUACGGUGAAGGAGGAGAUGGAGCAGUGAAUUCGGUCAAAAUUUCUAAAGGUUCAGGAGUCAAUGUGCAGGUCUCCUACGUCUUGCUUAGUUUCGGCCUGAUCUUUGGUGCCAUCAGUUGCCUGGAGCUGUGAUUGUAACCAACAUCAUCUUCACAUCAGUAAAGAGCUCUCCGUGAGGUGACUGAAUCAUCUCAAGCCUGUAAAGGACCUUGGCUCGCUGCAGACAUCUCUGGUACCAUCAAAAGCCAAAUAUAAUAUGAAUUUGAAAGACUUUAUUGAAUACUUCAAGAAGACAGAAGGCAUCAGGAACUCCACCUUCCCCCUUCCUCAAACCCUAUCCCCAUAAAAUACCAAGUAAACAUAACAUUGGAAGUGAAUCAAAGGGUUUCUUUUGACUUGUUCCAAUAUGCCUUAUAUAAACACAUACACUGAUCUAGGGCAGUUGCAUGAUUUGAUCUAAUGGUGCAAGUUACCAGUGACAAAAUACCAUAGCUUAGAGUUUGAAGGAAAGAAUUUAAAUCACCACACAUAGGUGCUCUAACAUUUAACAAAAACCUGUUAAGUGUACUAGACAAUGAAUGCAUUGGUUGUGUAAAUGUGAGUGCAAGGUUAACCUUGUCAUAUACCAUGUGUCUGUAUGCUGCACUGUUCCUCAAAUUUGACCGCAGCCAUUCUCCCACGAAUAAGAACAUUGUUUACAGAGAAACAGUCAUAACAAAUAAAAUACAACUUUUCUUUGCAGUUUUAUGGAUAUUGGACCAGAGUUUCCAAUGAGAAGUGCUCACUCUGGGUGUUUGACAUCAACUGCACGUGUUAGAAAUUGAAUAUGCAUGUUGGCAUUAAGACAUCUUUUGGCCUCAAAUCGCAGUUUGCUUCUGCUCUGAAGCAGUAACUGCAAUCGGAAAAUACCUUAAAUAAUUACUGAAUUGUUCGACUCUUUACGUAUCACUUUUUUCAGCUCUUAAAUUAACAGCACAUGAUAGCUCUUAAAACAUUUUUUGUUGUGGCUUUCCUUUGAAAAAUCUUUGCAAUUCCAAAUUUUCCAUCAGUUACAUCGAAGAGUCCUGGUCUUCCUCAGUAUACAGUUGAUUGUCUCAUUGCUGUUUGGGGCUCUUCCCUUGUGCUAACUAACUCGAUAUGUUUUGCUUUUCAUGAAAGUCUUGGCUUUUGAAGAAGUGAGGUUCUAAGUUGUUUUCCAGGGUCCCAACUAGUCACCCUGUCCACAUCCUCCUUGAGCCCAGUAUGAAAUGAACCAUCCUUUUGUCUCUGUUGUUUGAGGGAAUCUGGGAUGCACACACACUUUGCUGUCCUGUAGUUACCUACUGAAAAGUGGCCACUGUGGUUAGCACUAAUCGACUGUACAUGAAUUAUUUUGGGAUUGUUUUGAAAGAGUCAAUAAAACCCAGAAAACUUCAAGCGUUUUCUCAAAUUUGAGGAACUGACAAGGGUUAAAUAUGUUCCAGAUAUUGGACCAAAAUUCUUGCAGGAAAAGGAUUGGGGGUCAAGGAUGUGAUUUUUUUUUUCUUUUCCAUUUAUUCAUGUAUUCUCUGUUCGCAAAGAUGUGAAAUAUUUAGCUAGUGACUUGCUACAACUCAACUGAUUCAGUGCUUUUAAAAAAAAAUUGUAAUUCAGCCAACUUGUUUGGUUU